CUCAGAGAACACACAUUUCAAAAGGCAGACAGAGGGGUGAGCAGCGUUGUUGCCAGUAUAUUUUACGGAUACCUGAACCAUGCUCGCCGCGUGCCUGGAGUUCCUCGGGUUGGCCCUUUGUGUAGCCGGCUCCCUGCUGGUGAUGAUCGCCUGUGGGCUGCCGAUGUGGAAAGUUACGGCUUUCAUCGACUCCAACAUUGUGGUGGCUCAAACCAUUUGGGACGGUCUUUGGAUGUCCUGCGUGGUCCAAAGCACUGGUCAGAUGCAAUGCAAAGUGCACGACUCCGUCCUGGCCCUCACCCAAGACCUUCAAACGGCCCGCGCGCUCACUGUGAUCUCCGCUGUGCUGGGGGUGAUCGGGCUCACUGUCACUAUCGCAGGAGCACAGUGCACCAACUGCAUAAAGGACGAGAUGGUGAAGGCCAAAGUGGUGAAUGCUGGUGGGAUCAUCUACCUCAUCAGCGGGCUGUUUGUUCUCGUGCCCCUCUGCUGGAUGGCCAACAUCAUCAUCGUGGACUUCCAUAACCCGCAGAUCCCCCCGUCCAAGAAGAGGGAGAUAGGCGCAUCCAUCUACAUCGGCUGGGCGGCCGCAGCACUGCUCCUGCUGGGGGGGACGCUUCUGUGUUGCUCUUUUUCACAGGGAGUCAGAGGAUCAUUUCCCAUCAAAUACACACCUACUAAACCGAUCUCAGCCAACGGAGACUUCGAUAAAAAGCACUAUGUAUAAAAAUAUAUUUCCAUGUGGCCUACACACAAAAGACAUUUAUUUUUGAUUACGUGUUCAGUCAAUCCUCUACACUUGGGGUGUCCAAACUGUUUUUUUCACCAAGGUCUGCAUCUACAAAGAUAUUUGUAGCAGAGUAGUCAGUACAGGGAGACUUUUACAUAGAUUUGACAGAGCAACAACACCUUUAAAAAGUUUUGAAACACAAAUUUUAGGUUUGUAUCACAAUGCAAUGAGGUGUUAUUGAGGUGGCAGUACUGCUUCUGAUCACUUAGGCCAAUUCAGCAUCCUGAAUUUCAGUCCUUGAAAGCCAACAAAAAUUGGUCUGAGGGCCAUAGUUUGGACCUGCUUUACAAGUUUGAAACAUGGUCUGGGUAUCGCAUCACAGUGAAUGCAUCGUGUCCAUGUGACCGCAUGCUGAAGAUACAUUUUUAUUUAUAGUUUUAUAAGCUUAUGAAAUAAUACAAUUUAAAGCCAAAGAUUCUUUUUAAAGUUAGACAAAAAUGAAUUAGAAGUACAGGACAAGCUAACUCCACAUGCCUUUUUUUUUUUUUUUUUUUUGUCAAAGGCUCCAAGUGUUGUGUGAUAAGAUGCCAUCUGUGUUUUGUUGAGUUUGGACCUUUGUCAGCUCCCCAUUGUAAAGCUAUUGUUUUGUUUGUCCCAGUGGACUCAUUAAGUGCAUUGCUUUAGAUUGUUUCCCACAGUGUUUGUACAGCUGACAGCGAGGCCUGGUCAGACCAAUUUACACUCCUGGUGUAAUAAAAAGAAAUUACUAUCCACUUGAAUGCAUUCACAACUGUAUAUUAUGUUAAAAGUUUAGUUUUGUUUUUAAUAAAUGUUUUUUUUCUAUUAA